AUGCCCAGCGGGCUGAGAGGGCGUGUGGUAGCCGGCGCCCUGGCCCUGGCCAGCUUCUGGCUGGCCGUGGCCGGGCGCCCGCUGGCCUUCUCGGAUGCCGGCCCUCACGUGCACUACGGCUGGGGUGAGCCCAUCCGCCUGCGACACCUGUACACCGCCGGCCCCCACGGCCUCUCCAGCUGCUUCCUGCGCGUACGCACCGACGGUGCGGUAGACUGCGCGCGGGGCCAGAGCGCACACAGUUUGCUGGAAAUCAGGGCCGUCGCUCUCCGGACCGUGGCCAUCAAAGGCGUGCACAGCGCGCGGUACCUCUGCAUGGGCGCCGACGGCAGGAUGCAGGGGCUGCCUCAGUACUCGGAGGAAGACUGUGCCUUUGAGGAGGAGAUCCGGCCAGACGGCUACAACGUCUACUGGUCUGAGAAGCACCGCCUGCCGGUGUCUCUGAGCAGUGCCCGGCAGAGGCAGCUGUACAAGGGCAGGGGCUUUCUGCCGCUCUCUCACUUCCUGCCCAUGCUGCCUGUGACCCCAGCCGAGCCCGGGGACCUCAGAGACCACCUGGAAUCCGACAUGUUCUCUUUGCCCCUGGAAACUGACAGCAUGGAUCCAUUUGGGAUCGCCACCAGACUGGGCGUGGUGAAGAGUCCCAGCUUUCAGAAAUGA